AUGUCAAUUAUCAUCCUUGUUUUGGGUGUAAUCGGUAAUCUGCUCAAUUGUUUGGUAUUUGUACAACGACCACUUCGUUCAAAACCAUGUGCCAUCUGUUUUCUUGCCGCUAGUAUACUAAAUUUAAUUAUCAUUUUUUCAGGUAUUUUACCACGUGCAUUGCAAAGUUUUUUUAUGAUUCCGGAUCAAACAGAGACAGUAUCUGUACUAUGUAAACUGCGUCUAGUCAUUCUUUUUACAAUACGUACCAUUUCAUCAUGGCUUAUAGCUCUCGCUACUGUAGAUCGUUAUUUGAUUUCAAGUCCAAAUGUCAAUCGACGUCAAAUGAGCAAUUUGAAGAAUAUCUAUCUUUCGAUUUUAAUUAUUAGUAUCAUUUCACUUCUAGUCUGGGUUGAAGCUGGCUAUUGUUUCGAUGCUAAUUUGAUUGGCACACCUCAAAAAUGUUAUGCCAAAUCUGAUGUAUGCCGGAUUUUUAACGAUCUUGCACAAUCACUUAUUACACAUAUCAUUCCAUCAACAGUCAUGCUGAUUAUUGGUUUAUUUACUAUUAGAAAUGUUCGACAAGUCCGACGAAUAGGAUCUUUUCCAAAUGGUAUGAGUACAACUAAUGCUGUACGAAAUAGAAAAAACGAAAGAAGUUUAACUCUUAUGUUAUUUGCACAAGUUAUUCUUUUGACCCUAUCAACUCUACCACAAGCAGGACAAAAAUUUUAUUUGACUUAUACAUUUUAUUAUACAAAAUCAUCAUCUCAACGGGCACUUGAAAUUGAAACCAUGCAUACUGGUAGCAUAAUAUUGUAUCGAAUACGUGGUUUUGGUCGUUCUGCUGAUCAACUUAUGUUCUGUAGUGUUAAAGAUGAUGAAGAAGCUGUGGAUGCUGCUGCCAGCGAAGAGAUCAGACAUGUACUAUCACCUCCAGAAAUCGAAUACCAUCGUGGUGGUACAUAA